AUGUCCACGCGGAGGUCGCGCGACGCUCGCGAUACAGCUAAGGACAUCAUUCUUGGUCUUGCGUGAGUUUUAUUUCCGAGGAUUCUGGAUGUAUCGAAGUAAAACUUGAUAGAUUGAAAAAAUAAUCCUUUGAUAGAGCCCAAUGCACAUUAGCUGAUGCUACUAAGAAGUAGCUUCUGUACACAGGAGAUUUUAAAAAUUUUCUAAAUGACAAGUAAACACAGAGUGACCUAAUUAUUGUGAUCAGACCGUCCGGACAAGCUCCUCGUCAGCCAAAAGAAGGUAUCGCUCAUGCUCCGCCGAAGGUAAUUUCUUUUUAAGUUGCUUAUCUGUUUCAUUGCUAAUUACUCAUAAAAAAAAACAGUUUUUCCCUGCGGCUCCAAGUCCAAAGCGAAAUGAAAGAUCCCGAUCAACAUCUACUCCAAUCAAGCAAAGGGUAAAACCGGAAUGAGAAGAGGAUGCAGUGAAAUGAGUUCGUGUGUUUUCAUAGACUAGCUUUCUGAUUGGGAUGGUUGCAUUUUUCAUGGAUACCAGAACUUUGAUUUGCUGAUUCACAAAAAUCACUUUUGAUUGAUUCAAUCAAUAAAUUUCAAGUUUAGGUUAGGGGAAUUCGCAGAAAACAUGUUUUUGAAUUGUCGAGUUUUGUCAGUAGAGACACAUUUUAUAUAUAAGAAUUAAGUUUUUUUUUUUCUGGGACUCUUUAUCUUGAAUCUCAUUGAGAGUUUAUAAACCUAAAAGUAUUGAUUGUUUUUUGCUCAAAAAGUUCUACUCCAUUUGAAAGUUAUUGGAGAAUCUUUCUUUUAACAUGAUUUCUUUCUGCUAUAUAACCUCGGAUACUCCUCAGUUUCGAAAAUUUAAUCAUGACUUUGAAACCAAUGAAAGACCACCUCCAAAGUAGUAUCUGCAUCGGUAUGACGUGUUUUCUCAUUCACUGGGCGUUACCUGGAUCUACCAACCUCUUAUAAUCUAUAUCUGAUCUCUCGGAGACCAGAAAUCUAGGUGGAAACUCCUCCACGACAACCAUCAGUUCCUCCGCCGCGAGAUGAUCGAGCAGUUCAACGACUUCAGUCUCAGAUGCAGCAGAUUCAACAACAUCAUCGAGAACUUUUGUCUGCUGAGAAAGUGAGCACUGCAUGUGUGUGUUUGCAUGUCACUGAAUGGCGUUUUUAGGCGGCUAGGAAGAGGUUGGAAGCUAACCAAGAUGCCUUGCAGCGACGUCUUCUCAAUUCCGAGUCCGGACUUCAGUGAGCUUCCGGUUUUAUUCCAUAGACAAAAUUAAGGCCCAAGUUAUUCAGAGAAUUUUUUUAAACAGUUAUCAUAACAAAUCUACGUUUUUUGGGAUUUUAUUCCUAGCAUUAGAAAACGUUUGUUUGCCGAAAUACUUUAAGCUCAAUGCAUUCAUAAUUCAGAAAUUUUAUAGGCCGCGUGAUUUGGACGAUGUAAAAAGGCAUAUUGGAAACGUUGAUGCAAAAGUAAAUGAAAGAUUGCACAGAUCACUCGAAAAUUAUUUUCAGUUGAUGAUGAUGAAUAACGAUAUUUCUGGGCUUCGAAACGCUGUGGAUCGUCAGGUCAAUGAUCUCAUGCAUAUCAACAAUGAAAUCAAAAACCGACCGGUUGUAGAUCCUGCGGUUUUUCAUUCUUUGCUACUAGUAGUUAGGAAAAUUCAGAAGCUUACAAACACAACAUCACAACUGGAUGGGAAAAUGCGUGAUUUGCAUGGACAAAUGAUGGAGUUGAAGCAAUCACUCAAUAAAGAGAAAUAUGACCGCGAAAGAGACGCUAAAUCGACUGGUGAAAGGUUGAAGUUCAAUUCUCCUUUCCAUUAAUUGAUUCAUUAUUUUCAGCAUAACUCGUUUACAAGACUUUAUUCGACAGCAGGAUCAGGCCAAAGCAGACAUCUUGAACAAUUUAUCCAGGAAAAGCGAAGUCGAUAAGGUUUUUCUCCACUGUAGACACUGAAAAUUUGCGUUUCUCAGGAAAAGCUAUCAGAAGAAGCUAAAAAACUGAACGAUAAAAUCAAUCUUAUCACUGGGGAAGUGACUAAAAAAAUGUCGGAAAGUCAAUUAAGACUGAAGGAUGAGCUCAGUUCGCGGAUAUCAAGCCUAGAAAUGGUGAAAAUUUCGUGUUUCCAUUCAAAAUGUGGGGUUUAAAGCUGAUUAGAUCUCAAAGUGACCGAGCGGCGGAAAACGAUCGAGACAUGAAACUACAUUACGAUAAUCAGUUGAACGAGCACUCGGAGCAGAUGCAGACUAUUGCUAAGCAAGUCACGGUAACCGAUCAGAUCGUUACAAAAAUUUCGAUAAAAUCUAGUCAGAAAAAGCUAAACAAAAGGAACGGUUUCAAAAAGUGAAUGAGGCUUUGGCCGCGCUGGAGCACCAUUUGGAACUGGGAAAUACGAAAAUCGACAAACUAAUGAAUUCAGAAAUACUGGCGAGGUUUCAUUUUUGUACAGAAGAAAAAAACGACUCUAUUCAAGGAAACAACAUGAGAAAGGCCUACUUUCGAAAAUGAACGAAAUAGAAGAAAAAUUGAAUCAUUACAUCAACGGGAUGAACAAAUCGAUAGAAGAUAUGAACAAUGGGAAGCAGAACGUCAGUUUUCCCAGUCUUGACACUGACGCGGUAACAAUCGGAUUGAAUAUUGAGUUACAGUUUUAACUUAAAGCUUCGACGAGAAAUGGAAUCGAUAUCCGCGGAUAAGAAUAAACUCAGCAUGGAAGGCUUGUUGAAAUUGGAGGAGAAAAUGAGCCGAGUACAACAAGGUGCGUUUUUCAAGGUUGAAUGAAAGAAAAUGUAUUGAGGAAAAAAAGAGAGACGUAUUAUUAUUGUGCAGCACCUAUCUUCUGGUUUUAGUAAACCUGUUGAUUUAUUUCAAGCAUUUCAGAGCUUAAAAUUAAAAUCUGUGUUUGCUGAGUUUACUAGAAACAACAUAUUCGCGCUAAAAGUUUUUUUCAGUGACUCUGCAGAAAAAUAAUGCACAAAAACCUUUUUUGGAAAAGUGCAAUAAAUGAAAUAAUAACAGUGCUUUUUUCUUCAAUUUUGUGCCUUAAAAAAAUUUCUGUUCUAAAAAUCAAUGAAGCAAAUGAAUCGCCUAAAAUAUCGCUGAAGUUAUUCGGAGGCGAAUGAAUUCCUUUCAAAUUCUGAUUAGAAAAAAUGAAUGGAACAAGAAAGUUUUUGAUUUCUAUUAUUAGUUCCAAUAAAUCAAAAAAAGCGAAUUUGCUUUAGAUAUUUUUUUCUACUUUUUCAGGAUUCUAUCACGACAGAAAAGAAAUAUCUCAGCGACUGACUGAACUUGGCGACGGCGACCACGUUAGCAAGUUUUUAUAAGUCAUUUUUUAGAAAAAAAAAACUAUUUUUUCCAAGGCUACGAGCACAGGUCAACAAACUGGAUAGUAUACAAGAAGAUAUGGAAAAGGCACAAGAGCGGAUUCGCGACAAAGUAGAACGGCAAAUACCGCAAGAUGUGCGUUCUCAUUCGUGUGAAUUGGACAAGUUGUCCAUUUCCGUUUUGGAAUUUUUGAAAUUUUUCUUUUCUUUUUUUAAUUGUCAAAUUUUAGUACCAGAAACGCGAUAUAUUAGGGUGGCAGGAAAGAAACGCGUGUUUUUAUGUCAUUUAAUUUUAUCAUAAAAACAAGGUUACCACAAAUCAAAUCGAAAUGUGAUUUCUAUCUGUAUUAGCACCUUGUCAACUUUUUUAUACUUUGUAAACAUUUUUUGUUUUUUCCGAUUUAAAAACCAACACUUCUUAAAUUAGAGAAAAGUUUUCAAAUAAAUUUUUUCAGCUGAAUGAACUAUCAGCCAAAGCAGACAAUAUAAAACACCAACUCAACACUCGCCUGGACAGAGAAGAAGAAGAAAGGUUUUUUUUUCGUUGUUAAACGUACAAAAAAUCAAAAUUUAUCACAGUCUUGUAAUUCGCAAAGACAACGAAAUCAAUAAAAAAAAAACUUUUUGAUUUGAUGAAACAAAACCUCGUGGGAUGGUCCACCUCGGGAAUUCCGACGCAGCUUUUUAGGCUAUCCACUUCCAGUUUAGCCUUGUUACACUAGGCAUGACGUUUUAAUUUUGCAUUUUAAAAUCGGAGUGUCCAACACUCAACUUAGUACCUUUCAAUUUAUUCGUUUACAUUCUCUUUUCAUCAAAAAACUUUGUUUAUUUCACGCAUACUUUUUUACGUUUCACUACUUUUUCAGACCUAUUUUUUUCAGAUACCUUGCCAUAAAAGAGCUUCAAGAUGCCUUCGCUCAACUUCAACACACCGCACCAGCUGGUCGAUCAGCUCCUGCUGCUGUCGAUCCUCAGGUUUUCCAAAAUCUACUCUACUGUUCCUCAAUGAUUCCCCUCUAGAUGAAAAGAGACGUCGAGGAAUGCAAAAUCGCAGUGAAGAAGCUAGCUGAAUCAGUGACUACCGUCAAAAAUGUGCUCGACAAGAAGAUAACGGACGAAACUAAGAGAGUGAGUGAUUUCCGAUGGCUGAGAGUUUCGAUUUCAAAUCUUUCAGCGCGAGGAAGAAUUCGCUCAGCUUCGAAGACAACAGUAA